AUUUUAAUAUUUUAUAAUAUAUUCUAAAUAAAUUUCUAAUUCUAGUAUUCGCUCAACGCUCAACGUUGAUCUUCAAAGUUCUAAGUUCUUACUCAUAAUUUGCAAAUCGUAAUACACAAAAAAUGCUAGUUAAUAGGGAUUAAAAUGUAAUGUUAAUUGUUAUUAAAUAUUUUAAAUUCCAUAAUUAUCGUCCAUUAUAAAUUACUUUCCAAGUAGUAGUAAAUUAUUUUUUUUAAAUUCUACGAGUAAUGCAAACUAAAAUGGACAAAACCGAAGAUUCAUUUAAUAACAAUUACACUUCUUACGAGUACUCAAAAGAAGAUGGGAUAAGGGACAAGAAACACUAUAACGGCUACCAAAACAAAUCAUCGCAAUAUGACGAAGUUAUAGCUCAAUUGUUUUCUAAGCAAUUUUGCAUACCAAAUCAAAGCAAAUGGAAACUUCCUAAUCCAGACACCAUGCUAAGUCAGUGUAAAUGGGAGUUACCAGAUUUUAUACGUUUAAAAAAAUCACUUAAUAAAGUUAAGGAUAAACUUGAUGAUUUUAAUUUAGCUGAAUGGCAUAAGAAUACAAAACAAACAAAUCCAGCUGGUAAAGUCUUACCUAAAGUUAAAGGAAUUGGACAUCCAGAGUUAUUGACUGGGGCUUGGUUGAAGUUUUUUGAACUAUUAAAUGAUUAUAAACUAAUACCUCAGAAAAGUAUUGAUAAUGGUAAAUUGUAUAGUGUUCAUUUAUGUGAAGCUCCUGGUGGUUUUAUUUCUGCUCUCAACCACUUUAUUGUUAGCCAAGAAAUAGAUGUUGAAUGGGAUUGGAUAGGAGUUUCAUUAAAUCCAUAUCAUGAAGGAAACGGUAAUCCUGAUUUAAUAAAUGAUGAUCGAUUCAUGUUAUUUUCAAUAAAUCAUUGGUUUUUUGGUAAGGAUCAUACUGGCGAUAUUUUCCAAAAAUAUUUCUACAAAGAUUUAUAUGCCUUUAUUAAAAAUCGUUUUGGUGAAGAAGCAAACUUGGUAACAGCUGAUGGCAGUAUGGACUGCCAAAAUAAUCCUGAUGAACAAGAAAAUGUAGUAAUGCGACUUCAUAUAGUUGAAACUAUGGUCGCCUUAAUGAUACUUCAAGAAGGUGGUACUUUUGUUCUAAAAAUGUUCACUUUAUUUGAAUGCAAUUCAUUAUGUCGAAUAUAUUUGUUAUGCUGUGCUUUUGAUUCAGUACAAAUAAAAAAACCAGUUACUAGUAAACAAGGAAAUUCUGAAGUUUAUAUUAUAUGUUGUGGGUACAAGGGCUUACAACAUGUGGAACCUUGGAUUCAUACAUAUUUUUCAACUAUUGAUCGUACUGUGUCUGAUAAUUGUUUAUUUCCAUUAAAAGAAUUGCCUAAAGAUUUCUUAUCUUCUAUGUAUAAUUGCUCAAAAUAUUUUAGUGAACUACAAAUGCAAGUUAUUGAAAACAACAUAGAACGAUUUGUAAAAAAAAAUGAAAAUGACAUUAAAUAUUUAACUGAGUUACAAUAUUGGGUUGCUAAAACAUAUGUUAAUAGAUAUAAAGUAAAAUCAAUAGACCCAUCUCAGGAAAUAGUUGGACAAAAUAAACUUCAGAGUUUUCAGUAUGAUUUGCCAAAAGUUUCGUCUACAAAGUUAGUCAUGGAUUAUUCAUUUUCUGAGAAACAACGCAGGAUAGAAUGUCAAGCAUUGGAUGAAGCAAAGUUACUUCAAUAUGAAAUAAACAUGUUUAAACAAUAUCAAUGGCAAUAUGAUUCAACUGUUUUGUGGUUUACUGCAGAGGAUGCCAAAAUUCAAUCAUCUGAUUUUAAUAUACAAAUGGGUAAACCUGUAUCUGUGAUACGUAACUCUAAGUUUUGUGUGAAUACACUAAUUGACUAUAGUAAUCGAGCAAGAUCAUUAUUUACUAUUCCUAUUGAGGAUAAUAUUAAGCGUAGAGAUUAUUUUUGGCUUCAAAUUCCAAGACAAACUAUUAAUGGACAAUUAAUUGUUUGCGACCUAACAUCAAUAUAUAUCAGCGAUUGUAUCAACAAUAAUAGAAAACAACAUGAUUCUUUGAUUGCUAUCUUAGAAUCAUUUGAAAAACUUCAAACUUCUGAUAGUUUAUUAGUAAUUGGAUAUCCGUUGCUUACUCAAGUGAAUGUUGGUGUUUUCUUUAUGCUCCUUAAUAUGUUCCUAAAGACAGGUAUAAUGAAACCUGAUGAAAUGGGUCAUGCUUUUGUGUUUUGCUCAAAAGUUAAUGAUAAACAUGCAGACGAAUUAAUAACUCUUUUAAAGAAAUUAAAAGAGUAUAUUAAAGAUCCUAGUAUCAUAGAUAUAGUUGAAAAACAAGAACAAUCUUUGAUAUCAUUCUUUCCAAUUAAGAAACUUAUGUUUCAACCUAUUUAUAAAGAUAUUGUUACUGUUAAUUGUUUGAUUUUAAUCAAUGAAGUGAAAAAAACUGUCUGUUCUUACUUGCAACAUUAA